CUCCAUUCUUGAUUCUUCUUGUUCUGUGUUGUUAGUGACAUGUUGGAAAAAGAAUUACAAUUUACAAUCAUAGCUUACUUUUGAAAACAAAACAAUAUUAAGUAACUUUUGUUUGUACAUAUUUUAGAAAAUUGACGAUAAAUAUUUGAUAUAAAGCAAAUACAAAGACAGAUUUUAUUACACAAGCCUUGUUGAAAAUCUUCAGAGGAAAAACAGGUCGCAGAGUUUUGUGCAAGAAUUUGCAGGUUAUAAAAUACUAUUUUUUUAUUUUGAUGUAACAUAAUAUAAAAGCCUUAACCAUGUUCUCAUGCAACAAAUGUGAAUAUGAAGGCCCAGCAAAUGUAAGACCAUUUCAUUUAAAGAUGCAUCUAAAAGAAACUGCUGGAGCUGCAAUUUAUACCUGUAACAUCUGUUUAUACAAAUGUCCAGAUGAAGCUAUAAUGGAGCAACAUAAGAAUUCUCAUAUUGAAACUGAAUGUGAGAACAUAAAUGAAGGAGAGGUGGCAUUUGAAAACAAUUUUGACUAUCACAUUGAAAUAGAGCGCCAAGAAAGCAAAUAUAUUUGUGAUAUCUGCCAUAAAAGUUUUGCAAAAAAAUAUUGCCUGGAUCUUCACUAUAGAAUUCACAAUAACGAAAGACCUUUUGUGUGUCCAUACUGUGAUAAAGGAUGGAUACAAAAAAGUGAUUUGGAAAAUCACUUGCGUGUGCAUACAGGUGAACGUCCCUUUUCAUGCAAUGUUUGUGAUGCAACAUUUGCUAGAAAAACUAAUUUAAAUAUGCAUUUGAGAAAGCAUUCAGGGAAACUGCCAUAUUCUUGUAAUAUAUGUGAAAAGAAGUUUAACUACAAGCAAGGAUUAGAUUAUCAUUUACGGAUACAUUCUGGUGAACGCCCAUAUGUUUGUGGUGUUUGCAAUGCUACCUUUAAACAAACUUCUACAUUAAGAUACCAUAAUAUAAUGAAACACUCGGCACAAUUAGAAUUUAAAUGUGAAGUUUGUAAUAAACAAUUUUCUGGCCGAAGUAAUUUCAUUAUCCAUUGUAAAAGUCAUACUGGAGAAAAACCUUAUACAUGUGAGUACUGCAAAAAAAAAUUUACAAAAAAAUUCUUGCUGGCAAACCAUAUUCGAACUCACACAGGUGAAAAGCCCUUUACAUGUAAUUUGUGCAAUAAAAGUUAUAGUCAACGAGUUAGUUUAAACUAUCAUAAAAAAAAACACAUUGAGAAGCCAUUCGAAUGUUUUUUAUGUGAUAAAAAAUUUGCAACUAAGAAUUUAUUAGAUGAUCAUAUUAGUACUCAUGUUGAUGUCAUUAAAAAAGUUGAACCCGAAGAAACUGAAGAAAGUGAAGCUGAUGAUUUCUAUCUUUUAAUUGUAUAGUUAAUGUAAAAGUAGACAAUGCUACCAUUGUUCAAUAAUUUAAUUUUUAUUAAACUAGAUUAAUAUUC